ACCUGCAAAACGAUUUUUCUGAACGAAUCAAUCAUUGUGAUUAGCAGAUUACUGAUAUAGCUUCAUUUGGCAAAUAUAUAGCUGCGUUAUAUUCGUCACAUCAGUCUUAUACCCAAAUAUGGAUAUUCGCUUCCGGUAGGAGGUGCAUCGCUAAAAGCGUGUUAGGAUUACAAAUUGAAUAUAUCAAGACAUAGCGACACUGCUGCACAGCAUGAGAGUGACAACUACAUGCCCACUUUGUCAGAAGGACUAUAUCCACCUUCAGCAGCAUCUUAAAAAAUCACACCAUUUGGCAAACCAUGAGGAGCUCCGCCUCAUCGUUCUUUACAGCUCUGGGCGUAUUAACGGCAGAUUGACAUGCCCUCAUUGUGCCAAGGACCUGGUUCGCCUGGAUAAGCAUUUCGUUUUCUUCCACAGCCUGAGUGCUUUGGAUCGUCAGGCACAACUAAAACGUGCCAAACAACAAAGGGUGCUGGAACUCCUUGCAGCUCUCCGGGCCUCACAUCCACCAAUGCUGUCAAGCCUGGAUGUGCAAAUGAGCAACAAAGCUGAGGAACAUCCAGACGUCCCCCACAAUGUUCCAGAAACCCCUGCCAAUGAUCCCGCAGCUCCUGUAGCCAAGACACGAUCCAGGACAGCCACUAGUUUGAGCUCUGGAAUGAAAAAAUACAGAAUAACGCGAAAAAUUGCGGAUAUUGCAGCACUGAGCGGGAGGAUAAGGGCCAUGAAAUAUGAAUGGGCACCUUCCAGGUUUGUCUGUGGUGUGACCAAUUCCACAGCUAUAAAACACAAAUUGAAGCACUUGGACCAUUUCUUAAAGUGGAUCCUGAAAACAAGAUCUACUGUGCAUCUCUACUGAACUAUGCCAUCAUGAUGAUAAAGAACAUUAAGACACGUGGCAGUAUGACCCGCCAGCACGAAGUUGGUCAAGACACAAAGCCAGUUUCCUCAUGCCAGUGAGGACGAGCUGUCAGACAGGUACCUGUAAACAGUCUGUUUAAACAUCAUAAACAUUACAUAUCUUUAAGAGCAUAAAAUCCAGGAUUUACAUGAAUAAUCUUCAAAGAUUCUGCAGAUGACAAGAGACAUCAUGGACAAGAAGUCACAAGUCCAUAUUCACAGAGACUUAAGUUAAAUUGUUGUAUUUAAUAAGUUAAUCUAUUCUGUUUGUCAAGAGACAUCUUUUCACCAUUGACACCAAAACAAUUCCAGAAAACUAUUGUUUUUUCUCUCAAGCCUGAGAGAACAUCGUCUGCAUCUCGCAAAAUGCAUCCAAGAGGAAAUCUUAAAGCAGGAAUCUCAAUCAUCAUCCCCAAAAUGCACUUACAUGUGCUCAUUCACCCACUCAAACACACGUUCACGCUCGUGUCCUUGACAGGGUCAUUGCUAAAUCUCUUUCUGAGCUGCAGUGCUAAAUAUGCAAGAGAAGACCAACACCUGAAUGUUAAUCAGCUCUGCCUGAUUCUUCGUCUUUACACGGCUCACUACUGAUGCCUUUGGACCUCCAGUACUGGCUGUCUGAACAUGAUGGAUGAAGCUAGACUGAUGUGCUGUCACAUGUCCAUGCCACUCCAAAGAUAAAUAUGUUACAUGUAGACCAGGUUCUGACAGCUUCUGUUCAUUGUUACAGCAUUUUUUUUUUUCAGGCAUUUUAUUAUUUGCUGCUUGUCUUUUCUUCUGUCAUAUGAUAUUUUUCUCGUAAACGCAAGCUUGCGUUUUUGAUGUUAAUACAG